CACAAAAUAAUAACAAAUCGCUAGAUAAGCUAGUUCAACUUGAACAUAUUUUUGAACCUAAGUAUAUUAUGGACUUAGGUCAUCGAACAUUAAUUCACUUAGAAAAACUUGAUGAUCCAGAUGCUGUUACAAGUGAAUAUAAUAUUGAUCUUAAGAAAUUAUUGGAAAGUGUUAAUCAGUUUCUUCAAGAGUAUUAUAUGAAUUUAUACACGAAAUUAAGCAAAUUAUUAUGGGGUCUAUUUGCUCUAAGGGCAUUUAGAGUUUUCUCAAUAAUAGCUAUUAACUUUAAUACUAUUAGUGACUAUCUUUAG